CUUAUCUGCAACAGGAAACGGCUAUGUCAUUUAUAUGACUGUUAAACGGAAGACCAAACUGAAGCCUCCUGAGCUCAUGACUGUUAAUCUAGCCAUCUUCGACUUUGGAAUAUCAGUGACAGGAAAGCCCUUUUUCGUCGUGUCUAGUUUCUCCCACCGCUGGUUGUUUGGCUGGGAGGGUUGUCGUUUCUACGGUUGGGCAGGUUUCUUCUUUGGCUGUGGGAGCCUCAUCACCAUGACUGUGGUCAGUCUGGACCGAUACCUCAAGAUCUGCCAUCUCAGCUACGGAUCAUGGCUAAAACGGCAUCACGCCUUCCUGUGCCUGGCCUUUGUGUGGGCGUAUGCAGCCUUCUGGGCCACCAUGCCCCUGGUCGGUUGGGGGAACUAUGCGCCGGAACCCUUUGGGACCUCCUGCACGUUGGACUGGUGGCUCGCACAGGCCUCCGUGUCAGGCCAGACCUUUGUCAUGGCCAUCCUGUUCUUCUGCCUCGUCCUCCCGACAGUGAUCAUCGUCUUCUCAUACGUCAUGAUCAUCUUCAAGGUCAAGUCGUCAGCAAAGGAGAUUUCAAACUUUGACGCUCGCAUCAGGAACAGCCACGAGCUUGAGAUCAAACUCACAAAGGUGGCAAUGCUGAUCUGUGCAGGCUUCUUGAUAGCCUGGAUCCCAUAUGCAGUGGUGUCAGUGGUGUCGGCGUUCGGUGAGCCAGACUCAGUGCCCAUUUCUUUGUCUGUCAUUCCCACACUGCUGGCCAAGUCCUCAGCCAUGUACAACCCUAUCAUCUACCAGGUCGUGGACAUGAAAAACUCCUGCGCAAAAUCCUCCUGUUUUCAGGCCCUGAAGAAACGCAGGCACUUUAGAAAGUCAAGGUUCUACACUAUCUCUGGAUCCUUGAAGGACUCUCCAGCAGCCAUAGAAACUCAUAUUGAGUUGUGACACUUUAGACUGGCUGACCCCCCCUGUUCCUCCUUCUGGACAGUUGGCCUUGUUUCCUUGCCCUCUUCACUUCCCUAACCACAUGCUGCCUGUCACCACCUACAGCAUCAUUAACCUUUCAUUCUCAUUGCCAGUGGUUCUGCAGUAAUGCUGCUUUGUUUUCCCCACCCACGCUGGAUCUCUGUGUGCUUCCUCCCUGGAAACACAUCUUUCCCAAGACAGUGUUCCUCAAUCUGUGGGCGUUGCAUUGUCCUAGCAGUGGUUAAAACAUACAUAAGUGAUGUGUUGUGUGAGCUUCUUGAUAUCAUGUAUUCAUUAUUUUGUACACCCCUGUCUUUCAAUAUUAUACAAAGCACAAAACAUGUAACCGACUAGCUAUAAGCACAGUGAAGUUUUCAUCACACACCCCCGUUACUCAGGUUUUGAAAAGUUGAGUCGUUUCCAACCAAAGUCUGGUCAAGUUGUAUAAAUAUGAAUCUUGAUAACACUGAAAUGGCUCCAGAAGUGUCAAAUAUUGAAUUUAUUUUACACUAUGUUUCUAGAAAACUGAACUGCAAAAUAUAAUGUAAAGAAGAAAAAAAAACAAGCUGAUGUUGAAUCAGG